CCCGCAGUAGUAUACUUCUAUGGAGGUGGAAUGACCGUCGGAACACGGAAGAGCUGGUUUCCAAUUUGGCUCCACCUGCGUCUGGCUUCGGCCGGUGUCGCUUUCAUAUCUGCUGACUACAGGCUCAUGCCCCCCUCGAACGGACAUGACAUCGUCUCUGAUAUCGUCGCCCUGUUCGAAUUUCUCCGAACUUCGCUCAACCCACGGCUUCAGGACGAAACUUUGUUGCUUCGAAUAGACCCCACUCGUAUUGCAGUUGCCGGAUCAAGUGCUGGAGGGCUAUGCGCGUACUUGGCCGCUGCUCACGCAGUUCCCAAACCCACAGCCGUUCUUUCAUUGUACGGUCUAGGGGGGUCGUUCAUG